AUGCUUCUCAAGUACCUCAACGACCACCUCCUUAGCGAGGUUGCCGCGUACCUCUCCGACCGCGACCUCAACGCCCUGGUGCAGACCUGCCGCCGCACGAGCGGCCGCCUCAACAUCACCCUGUACCAUCGCAACAUCCCCGCCGGCCGGCCCUACCUCCUCCAGUGGGGGGUUCAGAAAGGCGUGGUCGGCACUGUUCGCCAGGCCAUCGUUGUCGGCGCCUCCGUCGCCUACAAAGAGGCGAGGUAUAACCCCGUUCUCGUUCAGGCGGCCAUUCUCGGCAACCUGGACAUGGUGGCCACCAUCCUCACCGCGUACGACGCCGACGUCAACGUCACGGGCAUGUACAACCGCACGGCCCUUACCAACGCCUGCAUUCUCGCCGACAUGAACUUGGUCAAGCUGCUCUUUCGCGCUGCCGCCGAAGCUGGCGUCGAGCUCGCCGUGGACGUCGCCGACGCCGCCGGAAUGACGCCCAUCAUGUACGCCGCCCGUCUCUGCAACGUCGACCUUUUCCGAAUGCUCCUCGCGACCGGACGCGUCAACGCUUCAGCACGCUGCCGCAGCGGCCUCACGCCGCUUCACCACGUCAUCGAUUGCGGCGGCAUCACCGAGGAUGUUCGUGAGAAAUGCGUCGAGCUGCUCCUCCUUGCCGGCGCGGACCCUGCCGCGAGAGACCGUCACAGCCGCACGGUCUUGAGGCUGGCUACUGACCGCAACCUGGGCGAAAUCGUGAGACAGCUCCUAGCCACCGGGGAGGUUGACCCGGACGCCGAGGAAGCGUAUGGACGGCUGGAAACUGCGAGGGGCUUGGCCAGGCGCAGGUCCCGUCGCAACUUGACCCGCAUGUUUGAGCUCUACACGGCGCGUAGGCUGCGUGUGUCCGUCCAACUCACCUACCACUGA